GGGCCUGACGGAGUGUUGGGGUUUGAACCUCGGUGUUUGAACCCAGGAUCUCGAAAUGCAUCGUGAUUCCUGUCCACUAGAUUGUAAGGUGUAUGUAGGUGAUCUUGGAAACAAUGGGAACAAGACUGAACUAGAGCGGGGUUUUGGCUAUUAUGGACCACUUCGAAGUGUGUGGGUUGCUCGGAACCCUCCUGGCUUUGCUUUUGUUGAAUUUGAGGAUCCCCGAGAUGCAGCUGAUGCUGUCCGAGAGCUGGAUGGAAGAACACUAUGUGGCUGUCGUGUGAGAGUGGAACUGUCGAAUGGUGAAAAAAGAAGUCGAAAUCGUGGCCCGCCACCCUCUUGGGGCCGUCGCCCUCGAGAUGAUUAUCGAAGGAGGAGUCCUCCACCUCGGCGAAGAUCUCCAAGAAGGAGAAGCUUCUCUCGAAGCCGGAGCAGGUCACUUUCUAGAGAUAGGAGAAGAGAAAGGUCUCUGUCUCGGGAGAGAGAACCACAAGCCAUCUCGGUCUUUCUCUAGGUCUCGUAGCCGAUCUAGGUCAAAUGAAAGGAAAUAGAAGACCAGCUUGCUAAAGAAGUGGUGUACAGGAAAUAACUUCAUUUGACAGGAGUAUGUACAGGAAAUUCAAGUUUUGUUUGAGACUUCAUAAUCUUGGUACAUUUUUAAGAUGUUUUAGCUGUUCAAAUUUGCUUUGAACUUUAGUUUUUCAUAGACUGAAAUAAACCUAGAUCCUGCCCA